UGUACCGUGCACUCCCCUAAUUGGUCAGUAUGCGUUCAGAUUGUGAGACGGUGGAGAAGUGUGGGAUUAUCGCGAGCGGAGCAAUAAGACCGACGCUGAUUGAGGGGUUGUGAUACCAACACAGGAAAUGGCAACGAGGUCAUCUUCCCUGCGGAUUGGCGUUGUAGGAUUCGGACAUCUAGGGCAAUUCCUGGUGGAAAGAAUCCGUACGGAUGGAGCCACGCUGGGCUUGACCCUGGCCUUCGUUUGGAACCGGGACCCUGCUAAGCUGAAAGGUCUGGUCCCGGAUGAGCUGCUGCUGAGUGACCUGUCAUUAUUCCCAGACAGGCAAUGUGACGUGAUUGUAGAAGUGUGCCAUCCUCAGGUGGUCAAAGAAUUUGGAGUCCACUUCCUGUCUUGGUGUCAUUUUAUGGUGGGCUCCCCCUCUGCCCUCGCCGAUCAUGACCUGAAUGAGAAACUCCGCCAGGCGGCUCGGCUGUAUGGAAAAACACUCUACGUGCCCAGUGGUGCAUUAUGGGGCGGUCAGGACAUCCAGAGGUUGAACGACGGCGGGGCCUUGAAGGAUCUGUUCAUAAGAAUGUCCAAACAUCCGUCCUGCUUCCGGCUGACGGGAGACGCCCUUGGCGAGUGGACGGAAGGCGAGGGUCGGCGGGUUUUACUCAGGGGUUCCGUAGCGGAGCUGUGCCCCCUCGCUCCCAACAACGUCAACACCAUGGCGGCGGCAGCGGUGGCUGCCGGGAAUCUGGGCUUCAACGGUGUCCGCGGAGAGAUUGUGUCGGACACGGCGUUGAGGGACUAUCAUGUCGUGGAGGUGGAGGCCACGGGGCCUGAUGGUUUCUCGGUGCGUACAGUGAGGAGGAACCCGGCCCGACUCGGCGCUGUGACCGGAAGUGCGACAUACGACUCCUUUUGGAAUAGUUUGCUGGUUUGCAAAGGUCAUGGCGGUCGAGUUUACUUGUGCUGAACUCGGGAAAAAAAGUGGAAAAUCAGGAAUAAAAAGCACAUGCAAACAAGACCUAUCAUUUGUAAAACCUUGCUAGGUCGUUUAUAUCGAAUCUUUAUUAUAAGUUCAUCUGCUGCAAUAUUGUAAGAAA